AUGCCAUCCGCAACCGACGCGGCCCCGCAGUUCCUGAAGCCUGCGCAGAAUGCGCAAGCGCAACAAGCGCCACGCAUUUUAGUCAAUGCACCUAAUCCGGUGUGCCCUAAAGGAGUAAUUAUACGAUUGGCCGGAUUGGAGAAGGGGCUGGGGCGGUUGCGUCAGCGCACGGAGAGCGGUCGGGCUCAACGCACAAGGUUGCAGAGGUUCAAUGCUCUAGAAAUACGACACUCGACCCCGGGCAACCGCAAGCUUGCGCCGGCUGCCGUCUACUACGUCGCCCGCGUAGACCGUCCGACUACGCCGCGUAGACCCCGCCCUCGCGAAAAUUCAAUCGAAUGCGUGUGUUCUGACGAUGGCCACUCGGCCGCUGUUGCUAAGCCACGCGCUUGCGCGUUGCGUGCGCGCAUCAUCAUUUUAGACAGCGGAUCUCGUAAUAACUUCAUUCUGAAUCCCCGCUUAGCAACAGCUUCACACCUGAGCGAAGGAAUGGCAAUGCAGCCUUUCACGUACUUAUUUUGGCAGGACCCCCUUCCCUCCUCGCUCGCCGCGCACCGCUCUGCCCCAACACCAAGAGAAAGUAGC